AUGAGUUCAGUUCAAGAAGAGAAGCUUCCAGAAGGAACUCAGAAGACCCAUGUCCGGGAGCUUCGCAACACAGAGUUGGUAUCGAGAUUGUUGGCUGCAACACCACCUUAUCUCUACAGUGCUCUACCCUUGCAACCUCAUGCUUUCUUCUUCAGUGAAAUGCUUCGAUCCUUUGUCAACGCCUCGCCAAGACGUGAUUGGGCAAAACAGGAGGAAGAAAAGAAAGAAGAAACAAGACCAGAAGUUCCCCUAGAACUAACUGUGGAUAAGCAACCCAGCGUUUGUGAUCCGUUGCCUAGAAGACUUUCACCUAAACCUGAGCUGCCAAAGUCGAAUGAGAGUCCUGGACCCCCUGGACGUCAAUCAACAUUCGUCGAUGUGGGUACGGAAGAGCUACCAAAACCAUCUCCAUGCAUCCCAAGAAAUAUGGAACAAUCUGUCCCCCAACCUAACCUGAUCCUCCCACCACCACCUCCCAUGUGGUAUCCCCCAAUUUAUAACCCCCAAUUCGGCGUAGACCCUCUUAAUUUUUUCAUUGAUUUACGCGUAUCAGGACAUAUAUAUGAUAGAAAGAGAGCUGUAGAAGAUCCUAAUACUUCCGAAACCCGACCAGAGGAGCCGCUAGAAAAACGAUUGGGCAAAGAUUUUGGGCAAAGACCUAGACAUUUAUCAGCUUUUUCUGUACCGGUGCGCGGUGCGAAUGCUGAGGAGUAUUUUGAGAGGAACGGUGGGUUCAAUAAAACUGGUGCUUCAUAUGUUAUGAAGAAUUUAAAACGCGUCUAUGAUGGUCUUCAUAAUCACGAACAUAGAGAAGCUAAAGUUAGCAAAAAUGACGAAAAAACCUCGGAUGUUGACGAUGAACAAACAUUAACCGAUUAA